GUUAGUCCAUCUUCACCACCAUGGCAUUUUUAAAGUUAACCGGUAUGUUUUUGUGCCUGCACCUCGUCGCGGCCGGCACGCUGCCCAAUCAGGGCGACGAACCUCGCGGCAAUUCGAUACAAACCGAACACGACCUGUUGGAGUCCAUCUACAGCGACUGCCUACGCAAGGACUCGAUGUCCUGUCUCAAGUACAAAGUUUUCAAUUUCGUCGACAAAAUGCUCGGUCAUCGAGAUACGAUUACAGUGACCGAGGGUGUGCAGUUUGUCAAAUCGGGCGGUGAUCAAGACGGUGCUCCACGUGCUAUUUCCAGUGACGAUACCAUCGAAUCGGUCAUCUUCAGCAGGAUAGCGGGAUUUUUGGAAUCGCACACCCUUAAAAUCGAUCUCAAAGGCAGCGAAAUCGUCAACGCUGUUUCUUCAGGCGCAAGAUCCUUAAACGAUUACGCAGAAACUUUGGAACAAGAAGAAAACUCCUUAGACGAUGACCAAGGUGAAGGUAGGAAGAAGGGCGGCGGAAAGAAAGGAAAAGGAAAUAUGGGAGGAAUAAUGGCUUUAGUGGCACUCAAAGCAGCCAUCUUCGGUAAAUUAGCACUAGCAGCCAUUGCUUUAAUCGCCGGAAAAGCGCUCCUCAUCGGUAAAAUCGCUUUAGUCCUUUCAUCGAUCAUCGGACUGAAGAAACUCCUUGGAGGCGGCGGUGGACAGAAACACGUUACCUACGAAGUAGUACCUCACGCUCAACAUUCCUCAGCGCAUAUUGCCACGCACGAAACCGCUUACGCAGGCGGUUCAGGACACGGAGGCGGCUAUGGUGGUGACGUAGGAGGCGGUUACGGAGGCGGCGGCGGUUCCGGAGGAUGGGGACGGUCCCUUGAUGCUCAAUCUCUGGCCUACCGGGGACACCAGCCACAAGUGAAACAAUCGUGAGGAACUGAUGAUGGUUCACGUACCUGCCAAAACUCAGCGAGCUUAGACUAAGUCAUUGAAAGAACGAUACACUUAUUUUUAUGUUAAUUUAUUUUUUUAUAGAUUGUCUUACGACAUUUGAUGGACAAAGACUUGUUUUUACCAGUUACUCAGAUUUCUGAGUGGAU